AGACAGGAUUUAUUUAUUUACAGCAUCAGCUGUUUAUUUGAAUCGUUUGUAGUGUUAACUCAAUACAGAAUGCCAUUUAUUUCGAAAGAUUGGCGAUCUCCAGGAGAGGCCUGGGUCAAAACGGAAGAAGGUUGGGAAAAGAAAAAGGUGUUAGAAAACUGCAAGGCGUUGCAAAAGGUGUCCAGAAAUGAUAGCUCGGAAGAAGAAAGUGAUUCAGACACUGCCAUCCAACCUCAUUGUCAUAUUACAAUAAAAUGCACUAAAGAAAUUGCGGGUUUUAACGAAUUAGACGAAGCAGUGAAACGAUUAGAUUUUAGAAGCGCCGUUAGGGAUGUCCGUAGAUUUAAUUAUAUCUGUGCUCUAUUGGAAUUACUAAUUGGCCAGCAGAUGACAGCUCUCUCUGGGUGUUCUCAAAAAGUCCUACUUGCUAUGUUGGAGGAGGUUGCUAGUCACGCCACUAGCAGCCAGCAUAAUCCUAGAGGUUUUAGACAAUUGCUCACCAAUCUAAGAGCUUUGAGGACUGCCGAACGGGAUGCCUGUUGGGGAGGAACCUUGGGAUCCCAAUUGCUGUGGCACCAGCACGCUACCAAAAUAGAAAGGAUAUUAAAUAUGGCAGCCGAAAUGCAAAUCCGAGAGCCUAAUCCAAAUAGCCAGCCUAAAUUAAUGCAACUACCAGAAGAGUGCAUUAGAGAAAUUAUUUUAAGGUUAUCUGACCAUAAGGAUUUAGUAGCCAGCGCUGAGUCGUGUGAACAGAUGGCAGCUAUUGUAAGCGAACAAAGAAUUUGGAGAGAGCUUACCAAAUUUCAUUUUGUCCCUCAGCAAAUAGAUCUGGUCUUAUCGAAAGACAAUAGCAAAAUUGACUGGAAAGAAGUCUACCAUUCGCUGAAAAAGACCUUCGGAAUCAACGAAGAGCGCCAAUACGCCGAAAUGCUCUCCUUGUGUAGAUACUGCCGCUGUCUAUUUUGGAGAUCUUUGGGUCAUCCCUGUAUCGCCGAUCAAUGUCCGGAAUUCCGAGCUCGUAUCCAGGAAGCGGGCGGCGUCAGUGCUCCUUCCCCUGUCCCCCCAUCGGCGUUUCUUAAAUUUUUUUCCCUGUAGAGUUGCCUUUCCCUUCCCCCUCUUACCGACCGAUUCGUUUGGACAUUCUCUGAAAUUCACGAACCGCUGCUAAUAAUUAUUAAUGUGCAUCGAUUAUUGCAUUUAACAAAAAUACUGUUUUGUUUUUAGGGGUUUAUACGUAUAUAUCUAAACUCGUGACAAAUAUAAAUCAAAUCUUCGAAAUGUGAAUUUAGGACAUUGAAUAUGUUGUUCAGAAUUUGGUGAUAUUCUGAGGUUCAGUAGCACUUUCAAUCUCUUUGAAUGGGAAAAUUAGUAGUAUACGAUCAUGUUCUGAAGAUUACACCCCGGAGAGAAUCGAAUGCUCGAACUCGCCAAAUCUGCCGUUGUACAAACCAAAAUCAGAGUAAACAACGGUUUAAAGAUCUUAUCUGUAUUGUACUCGUAUUACAAUGAUUUGAUUUGAAAUUUCGAGAAAUGACUUGAAAUCAUUGUUUUUUCAACCCCCAUAAACUCAUACGAUCAAAACGUAUUUUUGAAAUAUAAUUUUUUAUAUUAAAAUAGGACCUUUUAAUACUAAGUAUUAAUAAUCUUAGUUUUUAAGUUUUAAUAAUGAUUUGAAGCUGCUUUUAUAACUGUCAAUUGUCAUAUCAUUUGACCGCUUCCUACUUCUGCGAUAUUUUCCUAACAAACCAAAGAAAUUUACGCUCGACUGAUAAUUAUCAAUUUGUGGUGCUGACACUUUUUUACUAUAUAUUUUUUAGACCGUUAUAUCCUAUUUUUAAGAUGGAACAAUACGGUAUUUAUGCUUGCCAAAAUCUUCAUAACUAUAAAGAUGUUUUUCAUAUAAAAAUUUGGUAUAUUUGUUACCAAAAUACAUUUAUUGCAUAAAUUAGAGCUCUGACUUUAUAGCUAAUACUGUUCUCAAUCUAUUUUCUUGUAGCAUCUUAAUGCAAUUUAGCCAUAAAUUUUUGAUAUUGUUUACCAGCUCCUACGCAUGCAUUGUAGAGAAAUUGCAUUUAACUCAUAUUCAUGCCAUCCCGAAAUUAUUUUUAUGACUCUACGCAUUCGUGGUAUGGUUAUUAACAGUUUAUUAGUUAAUUUCUUAAUAAAAAUAUUGUUAUCAAUUGGUUAUUUUAGUUGACAAAUUAGCAGUGUUUCAUUAGCUACAGAAUAUCAUCAUUUAUUCUGUAUUUGACCUUAAAGUUUCAAUAAUUGAUAAAAAUCAGCUACUACGAUAAAUUAAUGGAACAUAUUGUCCAUUUUUUACAUAUUAGGUGGUACAAUUAUUUUGUAAUGACAACGCUUGAUUUUAACUGUAUUUUGUUGAGUUUUGAUAAUCUUUGAUGACCAAAUGGCGACCAAAAAUCUUCGUCCAAGGGUUUAUUGUUUUAAAUUUUCGUUCUUUUUGCGACUAAAAUCACUUGAGAUGAAUUUGUUCAAAAAUAACAUGUUUUGCACACAAUAAAUAAAUCAAACAAAGCAACCAAUUAAAUAAUUCCUUUAAUAGUAUUCACCAAUGCUACAAAGUUGACUAAGGCAUGGAAAGAGCAAGUCCUAAUAGUUCUAGCUAGCGAAUAUCGGACAAAAGACUACUCAGAAUGGGUGGAAACGCCUACAAAUCCAUCUACAUUGGAGGAAUACCUACAGAAUAGACGAAGAGUUGGUGGUACAAAUAUUAAUUACAUUAUUAUUUUGAUCACCUUCAAUUGUAUAUAGAAUCGACUGAAAAGUUAUUUAAAAUGUUAUGUGAUUUUCACGUAAUAGCCCCGUAAACAAAUAUUUACUGUCCAAUCUUUAACAUUGACACCCAUAGCAAUCGCAAAUGAAAUCAAAUCGACGAGAAUAUGGAAAGAUGCAGUCACACCAAUUCCAGUACAUGAACAACUGAUAAAAAAGGGUAUAAGUGGUUGGAAUGACUAGCAAAUCCAUGCCAGUACAAGAAUUGCAUAUUUUUAUGAGAUAUUUACACCACGUUGCACGGUAGAUAUGG